AUGAUAAGACGGCCCCCAACACUCAUUGCCCUGGAGGAAGACGAUAUCGAAUCUCAUCUCCAGCGGAUCUAUCUUCGUCAUACCCUAACACUUAAUUUUGAGCAGUUACAAUUAGACGACUUUGAAGACCUCGAUCAACUGAUGGACGAACCCCCGAGCUCCAGCGUUCCUUCAGACUUCGAUGGAGAUUCUGAUAUCAACAAUUCGGACCAAGAAGGAUCCCCUUGUCAUGAACACAAUUCCCCCAAUUCACCCAGAGACGGAAUCUCUAUGUCCACAGACGUAAUCUCACAAUUCGCCAUGAAACCAUGCCUCAAGUCCCCAAUUUCAAAUCUACACCGGUCCUUACAAAACCCAAUCUCCUCGGCGAAAUCGCGUUCAGCAGAUGGAUCAACAGACCCACCGCGACUGAAGGUCACUUUCGCCUUGUCACCGCAAGAUCUCGAGCUCCAUAGGGGCAUUGCUUCAGUUCCAGAAGAGGAGACAGUAGAGCGUUUCGGAGAAAAUUACCCGACAAGCCACAAAGACAUAGAUACGCCCGUGUCCAUUGACUCCCCAGCUUCGCCGCAGGUCUCAUUCUUGUCGUGUGGUGUUUCUUCGAGUCCAGUCACUGCAGGUGUCCCACUCCGGGACCUAACUUUAGCGUCGACGAUGUCUUACGAAGCUGUCUUGGCGGAGCAGACAGUCCCGCCAGCUAGUCCAGCAAGGAUAAAUGAGGGGCGCGGCUUUAUCGUCAUAUAG